AUGCCGCCGCAGUUUCGGCAAGCCAAAGACAUCAAACUGGUCUGCACCUUCGGCAUGACUGGAGUGCUGGAGAGUCAGAUUCCCCCCGACAAAAUGUGCGACUUCAUCUUCUACACGCACAUGUACUACGACACCAAGAGGAAGGCGAUCAUCUUUGAGUACGGAGACACCGCCGGCUCACAGUUUACGAACGCUGCAAAGUCUUACACGUCUACGACAUUCGGCGCUUCAUUGGCCGUUAGCCUCAGACCCGCUUAUCCACCUGCUGAGAAAGAUAACAUCAAGAAGGCCAUGGAAAAUCUCAUGAAUGAUAAAAUUAUGCACUUCGGCACACUGAACGUGGAUGUUCGCGACUACAACGCCGCUAAGUCGGGUGGCCUGCAGUACCUCAAGAUAAUAGAGCUUCAGAGUGUUCGGCACUUCGGUGCGACCACCAGGGCAGACCAGCCAGAAUCUGCUUCAGUGCCGCCAACCACGAUUGUGUUAUCCCUCAAUCGAGACCCUGGAAAGUUCAACGGGGCCGAUGAGAUCGACUUUAAGGAGUGGCUCAGGCAAUAUGAACGGGUUGUGGGAGAAGUGCUCCAAGGAAAAACGUCGGAUCACCAUUGCGCCUUGGGAAUCUUCAACGCCAGUGAUGGAGCCUCCCUGGUGUCCAUCGCCAAGUCGGCUGCUUCCGAUUUCCCAGAAAUCACGAUGCUCAUCCUCAAAGUUCACAGCGAGAUGGCAUCCCAAAAAAGCAAGCUCUAUACAAUGCCGCCUAACCCCGACAACGAAGACGUCAGUCAAUACGACAUGAUCCCGCUGAAGGACGUCAAGAGCCAUCUAAGCAGCCUGACAGGCAUUACCGAUCGAGGCCGCUAUGUGAUGCUUUCGGUGGGGAUGUUCGCACGUGCUUAUCAGAUCAAUGGAGGCCAGUUGGGUAUAGCCAACACCAGUGCCGUCCUCGACUACCAUUCGGCAUGCGUCUGCGAGUCUGGAAUUUGUGAACGGCGUACGGGAUCACCAUACGACUCAAUGGAUGUUACAGUAUCAGUUUGGAGCCAAAACACGAUAGUCUUUUUUGACAACAUCGACCAGAUAAAGACAAAGGCUCAGUCAAGACUCGACGCACUACCCAAGAACUACAGCGGCAUUGCGGCGUACAACGUCGAGAUGGAUGACUUCGGCGCCAAAUGCGGGAGUUCAAAGUUCGGACGGCUAAAUGCCAUCAGAGAACGAGUCGAUCAUGCCUUAACCCCGUAGUGAAGCCGUUCUGGAGGCCAUUCACGCCAAUUUUGUGCACGUGCCAAAGCUGAACUGCAAUGCAUGCGAGAAGCACGAGCAGAAAAAAGUGUGUGGGGUGGUGGGUUGCGGUGUAUGGGACUAAGGGUAACUCAUGCAGCCUGGAACAGUAGCCGUAGUGCGGUGUGAAAAACAAAAAAAAAACUUUGUGGAGCCAGGUUAGCUCAAGAACUAUUUUACAUGGUGACAUGUGUCAGGGACCGAGAUCAAAAAGCACAUACACUUGCGUGCUUCAUUUUUUUUCUUGCUUUUUUUUCUCUCUCGCUCUCACUCUGCAAUGUAAUCUGCUCUUUUUCUUUCUUGCCUCAUUCACAUUGACUUUUUCUGCAAUGCGCAAAGCCCUUG